GAUGGGGGCGGAGGGAGCCGGAGCUGUCACAGGCCCGGGGUCCGCCUGACCGAGCCAAGUGGGGUGUCAUGGCCGCGGGGGGCAGCGGCUGCACUUCCUCAGCGGGCGGCGGCGGCGGCGGCGGCCGGGGCGUUCAUCCUCGACGCUCGGGUCGGUCCCGUUUCCCUCUGUGCGGCGGCCGGCGGGACCAUAAGGGCUUAACUCAUAUAUUUAACCCCCCUCCAAAAAGGUUUGAAAGUAUUCUUGAAGGGCUGUUUGGACCUGCAUUUUUAAAAGAUCUCAGUUUAUUUAAAGACUGUGAACCUGAAAGCAUUUCUGAUUGGACUUUUGAUGAAAAUUGUCUAUUCUGUUGCUUGAGAAGAGAUAAAGUAAAGGGACAUUUAGUCGGUCUGGAUGAACCAGCUUCGGGAGCUGGGCGGGAAGCUCUGCUUAAACAAGAGCAAGCAAAAAUCAUUCGAUUCGAGAAACAAGCAGAAGAGUUCCUCAAUGCAGUCUUUUAUAGAAAAGACAGUCCCUGGGUCUCCGACCCCAAUAUUCCCCUAGUGGCCCGUGAGAUCAUGCAGCGAAUGAUCCAACAAUUUGCUGCUGAAUAUACCUCAAAAAAUAGCUCUACUCAGGACCCCAGCCAGCCCAAUAGCACAAAGAACCAAAGCCUGCCGAAAGCAUCUCCAGUCACCACCUCUCCCACGGCUGCAACUACUCAGAACCCUGUGCUCAGCAAACUUCUCAUGGCUGACCAAGACUCACCUCUGGACCUUACUGUCAGAAAGUCUCAGUCAGAACCUAGUGAACAAGACGGUGUACUUGAUCUAUCCACUAAGAAAAGUCCAUGUGCUGGCAGCACUUCCCUGAGCCAUUCUCCAGGCUGCUCCAGUACUCCAGGGAGCGGUGAGAACUCAACAGAGGCAAUAGCAGUAGAUUCUAACAAUCAGUCGAAGUCCCCCCUGGAGAAGUUUAUGGUCAAAUUGUGCACUCAUCAUCAGAAGCAGUUCAUUCGUGUUCUGAACGACCUGUACACCGAAUCUCAGCCAGAAACCGAGGACCUGCAACCUUCUGAUUCUGGAGCAAUGGAUGCAUCCACUUGCAAUGCUGGCUGUGCCCAGCUAGGCACCAGACAUAAGGAAAAUGAUGCUCUGUGUCUCGAUAUGAAGUCUCCUCAUUCUGUAGAUUUGAUAGACUCAUCAGGCUCUCACAGUCCUCUACCCUUGGCAGAAAAGGCCCUGAAGGAGCCUCCUCCUGAGACGAACUCUGUAGAUGGAAGAGAGAAUGCCUUGACUAAUGUACAGAAUGAUUCCUCUGAACUUCCAACCACUAAACCUAAUUCUGGGAGUUCAACGGAUAGUUCCACUCUGGGAUACCUUAGUACAUCUAAUUCUUCCCCGUUCAACCUCCAUCACACCUCUAAGAGUGUGGAGGGGCAAACCACUGGACAGGAGCAAGACACAAAUGUGAAAGCAUGUGAGGGUGGUAAAGACCAUAUGCAGAGUUCAGCUUUAGUAGAAAGUCUAGUUGCAGGAAAAUCGGCAACUGAGACUAGUGAGGAGAACAGCACCUGUAUUGUUUCUCAAAGACAUUCAUUCAGAGCUUUAUCAGAAGAGGCUUGGGACUCGGGGUUUACAGGGAAUUCAUCUAGAACUGCUGACAAAGAGAAUACUUUACAGUGUAGCUCCAGAAUGCCUUUGCGCCAGGAUUUAGAAGCAAUUGAACAAGAUUCAAGGCCAAAGCAAGAGAACCAUCUUCACUCACUAGGAAGAAAUAAGGUGGGUUACCAUUUGCAUCCCAGCGAUAAGGGCCAGUAUGAUCAUUCCAAAGAUGGUUGGUUAGCCCCCAGCCCGAUGCCAGCUGUGCACAAAGCAUCCAAUGGACACUCUCGAACCAAGAUGUUAUCAGCCUCCAUCAAGACAGCUCGGAAGAGUAAAAGGGCAUCGGGGCUGAGGAUAAAUGAUUAUGAUAACCAGUGUGAUGUCGUUUAUAUCAGUCAGCCAAUAACAGAAUGCCACUUUGAGAAUCAGAGGUCAAUGUUGUCUUCUCGGAAAACAGCCAGAAAAAGUACUCGAGGUUACUUUUUCAAUGGUGAUUGUUGCGAGCUGCCGACUGUUCGCACACUGGCCAGAAACUUACACUCCCAAGAAAAACCAAGCUGCUCGACACUGGCAUCAGAGGCAGUGGUCACUCCCAAGCAGACCCUCAUCAUUUCAGCCCCGAGACCUACGGUGGAUGUGCAGCUUCCCAGAGAGGACAACGCUGAAGAGCCUCGUGAAGAAAUAACCUCCCCCAAGGAAGGAGACAGCGAUGCUUCAUCUGAGAAGAAAUCUCAAGAGCCUGAGGUUUGCCCCACAGUGAACCAACCCAAUGCCACCAGCUCCCCAAGGUCAGAGGAAACAAUAGCCUCCAGCCUGGCAUGCCCUCUGCCAGCUCACCUUCCGGAAGAGGACAUGCCCGAAGGCAGCUCCAUGGUCGCAGCUCCCACGGCAAGUGGGAUAGCUUCCCCUGAACGAGACCAACACCCAGCUGAACUGCCUGAUGCAAAGGGGACGAGUGAACCUGAAGAUUGCCCCCUGGUUCCCUCUACUGAGAGCUUUUCGGAGGGAGACAGAGAAGAUGUGACUAGGCCUAGUUCUUCUCCUGAAACAGUCAGAAGGGCAGAAAGUCCUCUGUGCUCAGAAAAUCAAAGUGCCCCCGUAAGCUUGGAGCCUCCCGCAAGCCUGGGAAAGGCUGAGGAUGAACAGAGCAUCAGUACUGAGGCCGAGACUGAAGAUGCCCAGGAGCUAGAUUCUGACCCGCUCCUGAAGGAAAGCAGCACUUUGACUAAGAAAAACCCCAGUGACACUGAGGAAAGUAAGGCAGCAAGUAGUACAGGAAAAUUAGAGGAGGAAGGUGAUGAUAGAAAACAUCCUUCAGAAAAAGAUAUGUGCGAACAAGCCAUUGACUCACCUGAAGAGAACUCGGACAAGAAGAAAAAGGGUAAAAAAUGCCCUGAGGCCUCAGAUCGGUGCCUAAGAAGUCAACUUUCAGAUUCUUCCUCUGCCGAUAAGGACCUAAGAAAUCAAAGUUCAGAUUCUUCCUCUGCUUGCCCUGAGGUCAAGGUUUCUAAAAAUCCUGGUGAGAAAUGUUCUAAAAAAGAAGAGUACCCUGGUGAAACAACACCUGAGGACUUGCUGACCGAGGGUCUCCAUCCAAAAGCUCUGGAUGACACCGAAAACCCAGAUGUCAAUGAAAAUCCCUCUGAGAAGGAUGCUGAGCAGGAGGGCGAAGAAGGUGGGAUCAUCACUAGGCAGACUUGUAAAAACAUGCUGGCCAAAGAGGCCAAAAGAGAAGAAGAAGGAGAUAUUUUCCCCAACAGUGAUCCUGUUACCACAGUUGGCCAGCCCCUGCCUGGAGAGAGACUGGAAAUCUAUGUCCAGUCUAAGUUAGGUGAGAAAAAUGCCCAUGACCUCUUAGAAAGUGUUCCAUGUCCUUUCCCAGAGCAGUCAGAAGAGAAGCCAGGACCUGCUCCUGCACACGACGUGGAGGAGGUUGUAAAUGAGAUGGACAGUGCAAACGCCCAGCAUAAAGGUGAUGAUCAUGAGGAGCCAGCCAUCGUGCUCGCGUUGUCAAGUAGUGAUGAUGAUGCUGGGCCCUCAAAAUGGGCACCAAGGCUCACGAGACAGACAUCUUCGAACUACAACCUCAGACAUGCUCAUUCUCUGGACUCCUUGGAUACCACAAAAGCGACUUCAGAAAAGGAAGCAGCACAAGAAAACCUAAUACCCAAGGACAAUGAAGCUUCAGAGAGUGAAGAUCCCGUAGAUGAGGAUGAUGGGGAAGCAGUGGUCGACGACCAGCCCAAGUUUAUGGAGUGGUGUGCUGAGGAGGAAAACCAAGAGCUCAUUGCCAACUUCAAUGCCCAAUACAUGAAAGUUCAGAAAGGCUGGAUCCAGCUGGAGAAAGAAGGCCAGCCAACACCAAGAGCACGGAACAGGUCGGAUAAGCUGAAGGAGAUUUGGAAAAGCAAGAAAAGGUCACGGAAAUGUAAGGGUCCAUUGGAAGCUCAAAAGUUUUCUCCUGUUCAGAUGCUGUUUAUGACAAACUUUAAAUUGUCUAAUGUUUGUAAAUGGUUCUUAGAGACAACUGAAACCCGGUCUCUGGUCAUUGUGAAGAAGCUCAAUACUCGUCUUCCGGGAGACACACCUCCUGUCAAGCAUCCUCUUCAGAAGUUCUCACCUUCCAGCCUGUACCCCAGUUCACUGCAGGCUGAACGCUUGAAAAAACACUUGAAGAAAUUUCCCGGAGCUACUCCUGCUAAGAACACCUGGAAAAUGCAGAAGCUCUGGGCCAAAUUUCGCGAGAAUCCUGACCAAGUGGAGCCAGAGAAUGGCAGUGACCUCAACCGUGGCCCCAUGUCUGAAGACAGAAAAGAGGAAGUCACAGAAGGUAGAAAUAGCCACCCUUCUACAAGCUCACCGACGCCAGCCAGCACCCGGAUCCUUAGAAAGUAUUCCAACAUUCGAGGAAAGCUCAGAGCUCAGCAGCGCUUGAUUAAGAACGAGAAAAAGGAAAGCCCUUUUGGUCUGGCUGUGGAAGGCAAACAGAGUUGUAAAAGUGUGUGCAUCCACCCUCUGAUGUCCCCCAGGCAUGCCCUGCAAGUGGAUGCCUACGGGUUUCCCAUUAAACCCAAGAGUGCUGAUGGAACGAAGGGAAGGAAAGGGAAGCAGAUGUCUGAAAUCUUGCUGAAAGCAGAAGCUCAGAAUAAACGCAAGAGGACCGAAGGUGGCAGCGCUCAGGACAGGAAGGACAAGGGACCGGUGAUGAAAGCCAGCAAAGAAAAGCAUAUCGAUGGAGCCACCAAAACCCUUGCUGCCAAGAAGCCAGCUGCAAGGGACAGAGUCAGCCAACUGCCCAAAAAGACCUCUUUGAAAGAAAAUAAAGUGAAGAUCCCUAAAAAGCCCUCUGGGAAGAGCUGCCCUCCCUUCAGGAAAGAAAAAGAGAACACAAACAAAAGACCUACCCAGUCCCCCGCCUCAGAGACAGUGGCUAAACCUGCAAAGCAAAAGGGGGCAAGUGAAUCCUCUUCAAGGCCACCGAAAGCCACAACCAGAAAGCAGAACAGUGGGAAGGCUGCGGCCAGGCCCUUGAUGAAAACCCCAGAGAACAGUGCCGCCCAGAGAAAGCGAAAGCUGAAGGCAAAGCUGGACUCUUCCCACAGCAAACGGCGGCGGCUGGAGGCCAAGUGAUCCCAGGGCCGGAGCCAGGAGUAAAACUGUUCCACAAAAGGAACCCUUUAUUUUGCAUUAACUAAACCCGCUUUUAUAAGCUUAUCAAGCCUUUCAAACCUGCAGUUAAUGGAGGACACCCCAAUUUAAGAUGUCAGAAAAUGCAUCUCAGAUGGAGAAGGAAACUUGCAGUCUUUCUCCGAGGCUGAGUAA